GUGAGGUGUCACUGCCGGGGAUCUCAUGGCAGGGUUAAGACAUGAAGAAAAACAAACAUCUUUAUUGGGUUUUUUUUGACGCCUCCAGGAAAAAAAUACCCUUAUAAUCAAAACCCUUAAGGAAGAUAUUCCAAGGACCUCAUCCGUCCAUCUGAAAGUCAUUGUGUGGUACAACGUGUGCAACGUUUUAUGAAUAUAUCCCUGCCCAGGAUAAGUAUGGCUGAGCUGUUUCUGGGCAAAGUGUUGGUGAAAAAUAACCGGGACCAGGAUGAGCUGGACACUGAACGGGAGGUGUGGGAGCGCUUGGAAAACAGAGUAGUCUUGUUAUACUUUGCAGACUCAGGGAGCCCUCGAUGCCGCGAGUUCUCGCCACUCCUGAAGGAUUUCUUUGUCAAGCUUACCGAUGAGUUCUAUGUAAAUCGAGCCUCCCAGUUAGCGCUGGUCUAUGUGUCUCGAGACCGCAGUGAGGAGCAACAUGAAGACUUCCUGAAGGACAUGCCUAAACGUUGGUUACUGGUCCGCUUUGAGGAUGAAGAGUUUAGAAGGGACCUUGAAAAUCAGUUCUCUGUAUCAGAAGUCCCCGUCCUGGUUGUCCUCAAACCCUCAGGCCAGGUGAUCUCCCCCAACGCAGUGGAUGAAGUAGAGCGGUUAGGUCCUCCCUGCUUCAAGAACUGGCAGGAGGUCUCUGAGAUUAUUGACAGAAGUUUUCUGCUUCCGGAAUUCUGCGAUGAUCAUGCCUCCCGGAGCGUCAGUGAUCCCAUUCGCAGGAUAAAAUACAAAGUUGAAAGUGAUUCUAAGAAGAAAGAAAGAAAGCGGAGUGAUGAUGAUGAUGAUGGUGGAGGAGGAGGAGAAGGAGGAGGUGGAGCAGGGUUCUUCUAAAUGCAGAUAAUUUAAAAAAAAAUCAGGUGGAAGAAUUAUGAAAUUUCAGAUGUUUCCAUUAAUUUAAUGAAAGAGACAUUAUGGAAAUGGCAUUCCAAAUAUG